AUGGCGUUGAACCUACCGGAACUUCCAGAGACGGAGAAGGUCAGCACCAGCGUGAUCAGAAUAUUGGGUGGUAAUCCUAGCAAGGCGAGUCUCAACAACCCUUUCCCCAAUGUCUUCACUAACUCAACCCAAGGCUCCAACACAUACCUCCUCGGCACCGGCCCCACCCGCAUCCUCCUCGACACAGGCGAAGGCCGCUCCUCCUGGCGCGACGCCCUCUCCUCCCUCCUCACCUCCGAAAAGGCCACCAUAGCCACCACCCUUCUCUCCCAUUGGCACCACGACCACAUCGGCGGCGUCUCCGACUUGCGCACCCACAUCCAACCCAACCCCGAGAUCUCC